AUGGUACAUGCGUCUUGCGCUCUGUCUUGGUCCAAUGGAUUGGAAAUCACGAAAUCUAACAGCUGUGGUGAUUGGCCACCUGCGCUAAAGGUGAUAUCCCUAUGGAUGGGCUGGUCCCUGCUGGAACAGGAAAGGGCUGAGGACCAUGAAAUUCAGCCGAUCGAGUCCGAUACUCCUAUCAGGUGGAACCUUCAAUUAACACAGCCUCGAAAAUUCACCUCAUUCGAUAUCUAA